ACGAAGACGCAAUGGCUUGGAAUUUUCUUUCCCUGGCUGAGGUUAGCAUUAUGUUGGAACAAGACGUAGCAGGAGUUCAGAAAAGUAUGGAAGAGUUUCUGAAUCUGAAGCACCGGUUGACAUCUUUGAAAGAAGCUGCAUUACUGGAUUAUUACGUCUCUGGAUUUUGGUGGGCCCGAGGAUUAGAGUUCUCGUCUGUGCAGCUUGGAGGGUUCCUGGCUCUCUUAAAUUUGCUGCUGGAUAAUCUGGAGACCCGGCACAUGACCCUGGAAGAGAACAUCCAGGAACUCGCAGAUGCGAUGGCUGGCAUCGGGCAGGCUCAUUCAGAGAUAAGUGGCGGGUUUGAGUUCUUCACUGUCGGACAAGCCAAAGCCAUCAUCAAUUACCUGAAGAGCAGUUUAUUCCAGCAUUAUGCACUCUACGAAUAUCUUUUCCACAGUCCCAGGGAAGAACUUGUGAUUGGAGAUGAGAAUGUUGUAGAACUGGUCAAGCCCGCCAACACCCCUUUUCCCGCCCCCUUGGAAGAAGGAUUACCUUGUGAUAUCUAUUCCACGUUCGUAGCAUUAACUCCAGAGGAAGAGGAUUUGACCAAGGAGCAGGAAGGUGCUGUUCUUCCAGAAGAGCCAACUGAAAUCCAAGGCGCUGCUGACCCUUUGAUGGGCUACACAGUCGAGGAGGUUCGCUUGGUGCUGGGCCAAGUCACCAACGAAAUAAUCAGCAGUAUCCAGUCUGAGAUCUAUGAGAAGCUGCAAAUGCAGGAAGACAUCUAUUCAGCCAGAAUAGAGCAGCUGAAGAAGGCCUGAAGCCAUCAGAGCAACAGAGCAAAGGAAAAGUAUCCAUGACUAAGGGAAGGAUGGAAUAACUUCACAGGGCCUUUUGAAGGCCAUCUGGGAAUAUCCCUGCAAAGAUAUAGAAGACAGGAGAUUCUUCAUAGCAAGUAGCCCUGCC